CUGACAUUUAGCAGUAUUGAAAAUCGGAAUUUCUUUCGUGGUGAUUUUUCCGAUCGGUACCCCUAAACUUAUUCUACUCUUUGGAUCGGUUCCUCGGCAUGAUUCGCAAUAUAACUGUUCGAUCGUUUUGUUUAAUUGUGCAUUGUGUAUUUUCAUAAAGAAAAAAUUGAAAUAAAUGUGUUCUUCUCCCAUUUUUUUCGAUAAAUGCGUUGUAAAGUAAAUUGUGAUAGGUUAUGUUAUGCCCUUUGACUUUUCAGGGUGAAAAGUAAUCACCACAACAAUGGACCCAAACAUCUAUGCACUGGUCCUUGACACAUUAAAUCGUGCCACCAGCCAGGACACAGAGGUUUUGAAACCUGCUGAGAAGAAACUUCAAGAAUGGGAGGUGGAACCUGGCUUUUAUUCUGUUCUCCUAAAUGUCCUAUCAAACCACUCGAUAGAUGGAAAUGUCCGGUGGUUGGCAGUCAUGUGUUUCAAAAACGGUGUUGACCGUUUCUGGAGAAAGACUGCUCCUAAUGCCAUCACAGAGGACGAGAAAGUGAAGUUAAGGCAGGGUCUCCUCACGACAAAUAUCUUGAGUGAACCUGUAGCUCAGAUCGCUACACAGCUUGCAGUUCUCAUAUCAAAAAUUGCUAGGUUUGACUGUCCAACAAACUGGCCGGACUUGGUUCCUGAGUUAAUGGGUGCAUUGAAGGCUCCCCAGCCCCUAAUGCAGCACCGGUCUCUAUUGAUCUUCCAUCAUGUUGUAAAAGCAUUAGCUUCUAAAAGGCUUGUCGACGAGCGACGUACAUUCCAGGAAUUAACAAACACAGUAUACGCAUUCAUCUUAAACCUUUGGCAUGAGAACACGGAAUUAUUCCUCCGACAUAUACAAGAGGGAGCUGCCACAGAGCUCAUAACAGAACACUUGGAGAAGGCGCUCCUCUGUCUCAGGAUAUUAAGGAAACUGACAGUAUUUGGGUUUAAAAAGACACAUGAUAGCCAGGAUGCUAUGGCGUUCUUGAAUGUCGUUUUUGACCGUGCUAAGACUAGUUUGGAAUGCAGGAAAUUAUUAAAAGGCAGAGGUAUAUAUCCUUUGGAGUUGUGCGAAAAAUUCAUUAUACACCUUACCAAGGUGGCUUUAGGGGUGUUAUCUGCACAGCCAUUCUCCUAUGUACCACUGAUUAGGCCGUCUUUAGAGUUCGCCCUGUAUUACUGUUUCACUGAACAAGGAAUGGCCCUCAUAUACGAAAGGUUCACUAUUCAGUGCCUGAAUAUUGUAAAGGGUAUUCUUCAGUGUAUGGAGUAUAAGCCACCUAAGGUCAAGGAAGCAUUGACGCUCCAAGCCCACCAGGUAAAGAUGGAAGUGUUAGACCCGAACACGCUCUGCCAUAUGUGCAGACACCUGGUCUCCCACUAUUUCCUGCUCAGUGCUGACGACCUGGCACUCUGGGACGCCGAGCCAGAGAGCUUCGCCACCGACGAGGCGGGCGAAUCCUGGAAAUAUAGUUUGCGGCCUUGCACAGAAGCAUUAUUCUCGGAACUGUUCCAGUUCAGGAGCGUAUUAGCUCCGGAGUUGGUACGAAUGUUAGCAGACUUGCAGACUCAGCAGAUCUCACCCGACGACCUUCCUGGCAUACUAAAGAAGGAUGCUGUUUACAACGCCGUCGGAUUGGCUGCCUUCGAUUUAUAUGACGAUGUCGACUUCGACGAAUGGUUCACGAAUGUAUUAAGUCAAGAAUUAAAAAUUAAGGAUAACAACUAUAGAAUAAUACGAAGGAGAGUUUGUCAACUAAUUGGUCAAUGGUGUGGUGUUCGUGCGUCACAGUCAUUGAGGCCCGCAAUGUACGCUGCCCUAUUAGAGCCUCUCAGUAGGCCGGACGAGGAUGCCGCAGUAAAGCUUGCAGCGGCUGAGGCAUUGAGGAGUACUAUCGACGACUUUAACUUCGACGUUGAACAAUUUGCACCGUUCGCUCCGCAUGCGAUCGCUGCGCUCUAUGAGCUCCUGGUGGAGUCUGAAGAGAUGGACACGAAGAUGCACGUGCUGCACGUGGUGUCGUUCGUGACGGAGCGCAUGGGGGGCCGCGUGGCGCGCGGCGGCGCGGCGCAGCUGUUCGCGUACCUGCCGCAGCUGUGGGCCCACGCCACCGCCGCCUCGCACAACAUGCUGCGCGCCGCCGCGCUCGCCGCGCUCGUACAUCUGCUCAAGGCUUUAGGGGAAUGCCCGCCAAACAUUCGACCUUGGAUCCUAAGCGUAGUGAACGAGUCUACCAAGCUGACAGAGCCGGCGCACGUGUACCUGCUGGAGGAUGCCCUGGAACUAUGGCUCGCUAUACUGGAGACCUCACAAGCAGCUGACCCCGUCACACUGCAGCUCGCCGAGAAUUUGUGCCCUAUAUUAGAACAAUCAUCUGAACACCUAAGGAUAGUAGUGUACAUAAUGCAAGCCUACACUCUCCUAUGUCCUGAGGAGUUCCUCUCAGGGCCGGGAGGGAAGUGCAUGGCUCUUCUAGAGGAUAUGCUGAGUGACAUGAGGACUGAGGGCAUCAUCACAGUGCUGAAGAUGGCCGAGAUCUGCAUCAGUGUCAGUUUUCCCGAGAGAAAUGCCUUCUUGGGAGUCAAGGUCAUCUGGCCUAUACUUAUUAGAGUUAUACACUGGCUACUCGAAGGAGAUGAGCUGCCAAUAGUGUUAUCAGUGCAGCUAUGUCUCGUGUCCCGUGUUAUCCUGUUAUCGACAGACCUGUUCUACAAGGCUAUACAGGAGGCCUCCACCGUAGUCGCUGAGUACGACUCAGACCCCGCCAAGUUGCUGAACAAGUUCCUACAUGUUUGGACUGAGAAAAUGAACCUCGUUACGCAAGUUGAGAGGUGGAAAGUGGUUGGCCUAGGUCUAGCAGCUUUGUUGACGACUCAGAAUGCCACGGUUUUACAGCGGUUUCCCGCAAUUCUGCUUAACCUGGCCGAGGUUCUUAACGACGUCAUGAAGGCUGAGGAUAACGGCGGGUACAUCGAUGGUCUACUGGCUCCCCCGGGGUCUCGUCCGGCUUCCCCGCUGGAGGGGCGCGGGGGCGCGGCGCGGUGGGGCGAGGCGGGCGCGGGGGGCGCGGGGGGCGCGGGGGGCGCGGAGUGCCCGCACGAGGUGCGGCGGCGCGCGCUGCUGGCGGCGCACCCCGCGCACACCAUCGACCUGCGCGCCGUCACACACAUACAGUUGGAGACGUUGAAGAACCAGGUAGGCGCUGAGACAUUCGACCGUCUGAUACAAUCCACGGACAGGGAGACACUACAGCAGAUAAGGGAAUACAUACCGCUCUGAAUAUACAUGUAGUAAUCUAAUUAUAUCUUAUACAAGCACACCAAGAUAUCCUUUAUUUCUUUACUCGAUUCUCAACCGUAACGACGCUGUUUUAAGGUUGAUUUUUUUGACUAAGGUGAAUCUUUAAUUUACGAUGUUCACAAUAAAAUAGGGCUCUUAUUCUCCUUCUCGCUUAUCCUUUAAAUGGGGGAGCGAGAGGGCAUGAGCUGUCUUCUGGUAUCAUGCAGCUAGUUCUAAUAGACCGCUUCUGUUCAUCUUGCUUAUUUUUAGGAUUGUUCAGCAAAAUAAACCUUAUAUCUAUGAAAAUACUAUUGGUUUUGCCAAAACUGGGAUAUGCUUUGUUAGUUUAUUUUCAACUUUUAAUAAACUUUAUUUUAAUGGUAUUUAAAUAAUAAAUAUGUGUAUAUGUGAUAUAACUACACUGUAGUGAUUGUUAAUAUAACACACUUGGGUAGAUGCCAACAGGUCAAGCUAUCAGAAAACCUCAAAUAGAUAAAUAGAUUCAACCUUUAUUACAAAAAUAUAAAAUUGAAAUUCAAAAAACAAGUUAUUUAUUCGUUUAAUGCUGGGGUCUGUAUAUCCUUUGUCUUUAUAAACAUUUUGUUCAAUUCUUAUAGUAAUAAAAUGGCACUUAUAAGUUCACUAUACUGUUAAAAUAUUUUUUUAAAUCUGUAAAAAUAUGCACUUAUUAUUAAACAUAAGGCUUAUUUUAAUAUUAAAAUUAAAACCUGUAAUAUUUUUUUUGAAAUAUAAGAACAAUCGAACGCUAAUGUACUGAGUUAUACGUACCCUUAUUAUCACGAUGUAGUGUUGGCAUGUCAAUGAAAUUGUAAAAUAUCGAUAAAAUAAUAAUAAUUACAAAAAUCUUCGUAAUUUAUUUCUUUUACUAAAUACAACGUUGUUGAUAACGUAAACAAAUAUUUGGUAAUGAUGAAAUUAAUAUGACCAUCGUAAUUUUUAUCAUGAAAUUCAUCGAAAAUUUUAAAUGCAUGCAUGGUUCCUAAGAAUGUAAGAAAAAGCUUCUAAUUAAAUAAUGUCUACCUAUUGUAAAUUGCUACCUAGUAUUGUGUAAAUUAAAUACGUAAUGAUUUAUUUCAAUUUCUAAGCAAUUUGCGAAAUUAUCGAUAAAUAAAUGUACUACACUAGUAAGUGUUCGAGCGCAUUUAAAUUUUUUAAUAAAAUUCUGUAAAAAUAAAAGAGUUUUUUGAAUAAUAAUGGCCUUUAAAAACUACUUUAUUAUUAAUGAAUUGAUAAAGUUAAAAAAUAAAAUAAAAAAUGUAACGAAAUUUUAGUCGAUAGAUCUAUAUGUUUAAUCUUAAAAUUAAUUAAUAUUAUUUUGCUAAGCUUAAGGAAGUGUGUGUAUACGAAAACUGUUGAUAUAUUAAUAAAUGGCGAUCUGUGGUUAUUUUCUUGCAAAAUAAAUAAAAUAUAAAUAAACGAAAUAUUUAUUUGACUAUUUGGCAAUCCUGACAAGACUUUAGAUGUCUGUUAUUGUAGAUCAAUAGCUUUUUUAGCCUGCUAAUGUAUUCAUAUAUUUUGCAAAAUAUUUCAAAAGUGCCCCUUAUACAGAUUACCUAGUUGGAAGAAAUUAUUUUGACCCGGGUUAACUUCAAACUUGCCAUUUACUUAAACGUUUAUUCUGUUAAUUCUACUUCUGCGGCUAAUUAUGCUAAUUGUCUACAAGAAAAUAAACUGCAAAUCAUGUAUUUAUAACCACAAAACUUGCCAUAUAGUACGGAUCUUAAGGGCAUGGUUACAUUAAUGAGAAAAUUUCAAAUUAAGGUCAAAUUCAAUUAUGUGGUUGUUGAGUUUUUUUAUAUAAAUGUAACAAUGUCCUAGCGACUGUAUAUUAUGUAUGUACUAUGUACGGAGACGUUUCGAUUCCAUGUGUGUGAUUGUAUGAUAUAAAUAAUAAAUAUUAUAUACUGAUGCAUAUUUUUUUAACACUCGCUUAGAAUUAGCUUGUACAGGAUGUUGGAAAAACAAGACGUUUCAUUUUGCUUUUGGACGGUUGUUUUAUUC